CCGACUCAUCCCGGUCUCGGUAUGUGUGUAUCACGCUCAUGGCGCUGUUGUGAAUCCGAAGGAGCGCAAGAAAAUACUACUAGUCAGUCCCGAUCGGCUGUGUGUCGGCGCUCCGUUCUACCGGGAAGGUCGUAACACUUCAUUGAUGACUUUUGAUCACUGGGAGUCACUUGCUACCAAGUUGUGCUGUUCAACGAGAAUCAUUUAACGGCGCCGUUCUUUCAGAUGGGUUGAAAGUCCGUGUUCUCGCAUGGGGCGUGCGGUCUAGACUGACUUUCCCUGCAGUUUCAACUCUUCCACACUGACCAUGCCGGGGAAAACUAAAUACAAUUUAGUGGACGAUGGCCAUGAUUUGAGGAUACCCAUGCACAACGAGGAGGCGUUCCAACAUGGGGUUAAUUUUGAAGCAAAGUAUAUCGGCAGCCUAGAUGUGGCGCGACCGAGCAGCCGAGUGGAGAUCGUCGCUGCUAUGCGACGAAUACGUUAUGAAUUCAAAGUGAAGAACAUCAAGAAGAGGAAGGUCAACCUCAUUGUCUCAGUGGACGGAGUCAAGGUCGUCUUGAGGAAGAAGAAGAAGAAAAAAGAGUGGACAUGGGACGAAAGCAAGAUAAUGGUGAUGCACGACCCCAUCUACAGGAUAUUUUAUGUUUCCCACGACUCCCAGGACCUGAAAAUCUUCAGCUACAUCGCGCGGGAUGGCCACAGCAAUGUUUUCCGCUGCAACGUCUUCAAGUCAAAGAAGAAGAGCCAGGCCAUGAGGAUUGUGCGGACGGUGGGCCAGGCUUUCGAGGUAUGCCACAAGCUGAGCCUGCAGCACACGCAGCAGGGCGCAGACGGCCAGGAGGGCGGCGACGGUGAGAAGGGCAGCCCGUCAGUACCCGCUCCAACGCCGCCGGGCACGGAGAAGACCAUCGCCGAGGAGACGGACAUUGAUGCCGAGGAAGUCGGCGCGUCCGACGGCAGCGCUGCCAGGUUCAACCGGGGAGUCACUGACCUGGACGCAGAGGAUGGCAGUAAAAACAAGGUUCCCGAUGAUUCCAUCCUGACCCCCUCGCCCAGGACGCUGCUCCCCCAACUCAGCCAGCUGCCCCCCGGGAGCCCACUCUCCAUGCACCACCGGGUCCAGCUGCUCUAUCAGCAGCUGCUACAGCAACAGCAGCAGACACAGGUGGCGGUGGCCCAGGUCCAUCUCCUGAAGGACCAGCUGUCAGCCGAGGCGGCGGCCCGGAUCGAGGCCCAGGCUCGGAUUCACCAGCUCUUGCUCCAGAACAAGGACCUGCUGCAGCACAUCUCCCUGCUGGUGAAGCAGGUCCAAGAUCUGGAACUCAAGAUCUCCGGACAUCCCUCCAUGGGCUCCCAGGACAGCUUGCUAGAGAUCACCUUCCGCUCCAACCUGCCCCCCGUGAUCUGCGAUACCACCACCCCGCAGCCAGAGGAAGCAGUGCCACUGCCGGCACUGGAGAACGGCUCGUCCCCACCAGUGUUCCCACUGGGCAGCCCGCUAGCUAACCAGAGCCUGUUUGAGAACCCAAAGGCCACCCUCCCAGCUAAGCUCCAGAGCGGCACCUCGGCGGUCGAUCCUCCUGGGGGCCGUCGAGCCCCCAAGUCUGGCCUCAGCCUACGCCGGUCGGUGGGGGCCAAGGUCAGCGACCUGCUGCGGCGGAAGGACACCAGCAGCCUCGAAGACGUCGGUGUGAUGGAGGUGAACCGGAAUGUCGAGGCUGAUUGGUCGUUCUUCGUGGACGACAAUCAUGUGACCCCAUCCGACAGUCACAUGAUACUUGGCGGCUUCCCUCGGCUCGACCCGCCCCCUCCCACUGGAAGGAAGCGCUUGCCCCGUGCCCUGAAGACCACCCAGGAGAUGAUGAUUUCCUCCUCCCCUGUGGUGCCCAGCGAGGACGUCUCUUCCUUCCCAUCGUCCCCUGAGAAGUUCCCUGUCACUCCGAAGGAGGUGAAGCAGGCAGAUAAGCGAGAGGGAGAGGAGGAGGAGGAGGAGGAGGUGCUGAAAUUUGACUGGAGUCCUCCUGACCCCAAGGAUGAUGUGAUCCAAGAAGGGGAUGAUUGUUCCCUCUGUUUGGAUGGCCAAUGCUCAACUUAUGAGACGAAACAGGACAGCGGAGAAGACGUGUCUCAGCUCUCCAUCUCCAUCCCAGACCUCAUCCACAAAGACAAACUAGACACCAACCUGAAAAAUGAAGACCCAGACAUUAGCAGCUCCUCCAGUCUGUGCAUAGAGAAGACAAGCUUCCACUUAAGUGAUCUUGAGGAUGAUCUCCACGAGAACAGCAUAGAAGAUGCCGCAGAGGGACUAAGGUCUUCCAGGGUGGGAAUUGAUGAACCCCAUCCAGACCUUUUGUCCUUUGAGUAGCAACUGAGUAAAAGCUCAAAGUCGAAAGGCUCUUCUGACAAUCUACAGUUUGCCUAACUCUUCCACGCACGCUGGGAGUCACCUGAUAACUAAUUACGACUUGGGUUGGAUUAAACAUGAUCAUUCUACAUGGAUGUCAAAUUCUCCCCAAGCUGCCAUAACGUGGCUGUUAACGCAUCUUAUGCUGAAACACCAAAGAUAUUGUGAAUUUAAUGUUAAAGUGUUACUCUGUGAUGUUUCAUAUAUGUGCACCAAAGACAAAGUGUUUCUAUUACUCAGACCAAAGUGUAUAUUGGGUAACAAACAUUGUUGCAUAUGAUGAGUAUUACUGUAGCUGUCUGCUUCCCUUCCCUGGAGGGGGAGGGGCUUUAUACUACUUGCCGCAUUCCUUCUCAGGACCUCUCCACUUAACUUCUGAAUGGUUUUGCUUGAACGCGUUGUUUCCAUGGCCCAUAGAGAAGCUUCCCGGGCCCACUGGAUCAUUUCUGGAACGUUGCUGUCACCUGCUGUAGGUAGAUUGUAGUCGACUCUAAGUAAAAUCGUCCGUUGGGCUUAGUGAGUGUCCUGCUGUGAAAGAACUUCCCGCAGUGAUACCCAUGGCUUUUAAAAACUGUGGCGAAAGAGGAACAAAGCAAGAAUUUUGUGUUUUAUCUGCCCUGGGACACCUGCAUUUUUUAUGUCCCCGUUAUGCUGGUUUGCCUUUACACUUGGCAGAUGUUAGGUAUGAAACGGUAUCAUCAGGAAUAUUCUGCUCGUUUCUCCUGCAUUCCACAGUCUCUUAUCGGCAAGCUGCGAAGGGGAAGUCUUCCUUAAAGCUGGUGUUGGGACAGGGCUGUUUGGCUUGUUGUUCAUUUAUUUGCGAAAUGUCGUAGACUAAGACUGAAUACUGCCGAAACUGAUGAUGAAGCCAUCCGAGUUCGGGGGGGGGGGGGGGCGCGGGGGGCGCGGGCAUAGGGAAUAAAUGCCUUCAGUAUCUUUUAUCAGCAUGUUGGAAGGAUGUUUUAUGUGCUCUGUCUUUUAAGUAAGGAAAACAGUAGAUGGAGAGAUGAUAGGUAGGGUUAAAAUAGCUGGAGGGAAUACUUGUGAAUGUGGAAAUACUAAAGCAGUGAGUUUACUAAAGGAAUGGUGGAUUUCACUGUGCACACUUAGGAUCGCACCGUGACUCUUUGGUGGACAAACGGAAUGGAGGAUGGGUGACUAGAUGCUAGACCCGUAGCAUUAAUGUAUGAUGACUUUAUAGGAGUUGCGGAGUUUGUUCAAAGUGGCCUGUAAAUUUCUGAAGCUAACAGGCUGCCGAAUGAGGCUUUAGGAAGAAACAUUGGUUCUUGCCUGUGGUUGGAUAUAUCUGUAGACUACGUUGACGUUGACCACGAUGGUGUUUCUCAAUAGCAAGAACGCAAAGAUCGUACCUGCGGUCUUGGCAAGAUCGGUCUUUCUAACUUGCCUCCCAAGGACGAUCUUGGGGAGCAAUGAAUCAUGGGAUUGGUCUCAUUUGGGAAGGAUGCAACCGAUAUUUAUCAGUGAUAUUUAUGGCGGGGCAAGACCAGCAUCUGAGGAUUCUGACUGCCUUCCGUACUUCUGUUCUUGAGUAUUGGAUCUGGUCUUUGGUAAUGGAAGACGACGUAAAACGGGUACAGGAGAACACAAGUACAGUCAAGUACGCAUAUUGAGAAACACCGCAUGUCUACUGACACUGCAGAUUCAACAUGAAGUGUCAGGUUCACCGUGAUGCAGCGUGAUGUAGGAGCUUCAGUCCUCUGCUCAGGUACUGGGGCCAUGAGCUGCAGUGCAUGGAUCCUUGGUAGCUCGUUCACUGCGUUUGUGUCGAACUUGAGGGUUCGGGAGGAGUGCGAGUAGGAGUAGAAUGUAGCCGGUGGUGCACUUGACUGAUGAGCUGUUAAUCUCAGACUGUUACUGCUGGUAUUACAAUUUAUGUGAUUUACGAUGAUUUGUAGCUAUUUGGAAUUUUAAUGGGGUAUAUAUGAAUAUAUUAGUAUUUAACAAAUCACUUCUAUAUAUUUGACUUUAAUUUUUCUUUUUUCUUUUUUAAGGAAUCGUAUAAAUGCUGUUGCUGUUAUGACUAAUUUUUUUCUUGUACAACGCAGCAUGCUAUAAAUUUAUGCUACAAAAGCUAACAUUUUAUAUUCCUUUCAUCUGCGGUACAGGUGAACAAAUAUUUUUGUGAAGAAAUAGAAUCCAGUUUUUUUAAGGAGUAUUUAGGAAAUAUUAAGAAUUUUUAUAGUAGUUUUAUACAGAAAUGUCUGAAUAUGUAAAUUAGAAUUGGUUCUUUUAGAAAUGACAGCAUUAUUGAGAAUGUUACGAAUAUUAUUAAGAAUGAAAUUAAAUAAUUGCCCUAUUCAAUAUUAAGUUUUAUUGAAUUCUUGUGUGCAGGCCAGCUGCUGAAGAUUUUGGGCUCCAUGAAAGGAGGGCUGCCACUAAUAACCAUCUUCAGUUUUUCUGUUGACCUGUUUUACCGAUUGGUUGAUUAAUCUAAAUGAAUAAUUUUCCUCCAGAAAAUCGAAUUGACCACUUCAUUUAAGUUCAUUUUAUUUUGACAUCAAAAUACAAAACCGUACGUCACUGCAAGGUUUUAGAUGACAGACGGCAGCUUUUCCGCACUGAACGGACAAUUCGAUAAGCAAAUUACUAGUGCACCUAAGAUAUUAAUGAGAUUGUGAUGUGCAAAUGUUUUAUUUCAGUUCACAAAUUAUUUCUUUUUAAAUUAGUGUCUUUUUUUCAUGUGUUUUCCUGUAUGAUGAUGACACCAGUCCCAAAAAGCCCAACACACUGGCAGAUUCUAACCUAAACAUUUAUUUAAUGGAAAUUCUAAGGUAGCAGACAGACAACUUCAUGGCUGUAAUAAUGAGUGUAUUUAGCUGAUACAAGGACAAGCGAUACUUAAAAAGCUCUCAAAAUUAAUGGUGAUUUUAAUGAACAUGUAUAGAGAGAGAACACGGUUUUGCUUAUUCUGACAGUCCGGAAUAGCGCCUGUAUGUCAACUAUUCAUGUGCGUCAACCACGUCGAUUGAUUGCUGCAUCCCUGCAUGAAAGCCUAUCAUAUUGCCCCCCCCCCCCCCCCCCCCCCCGUCCAAUUACCUUCCGAAUUUUUGAGGGCCCCUGACACAUUAUUUUCAAUUUAAAAAAUGCAUUAUUGUUGCACCACGACUGUCCAGAUACUGCUAUCGGAGAGAGAUGUUUACCGCUUGUAAUCAGUUGAGUAAUAAUGUAUAGUAAGGCUUCGUAAGCUAAAAUGGUGAUAAUAUUGAUACUUUGUACACACAAAUACUCACUUAAUGCUUAAUUGUUGGGCUCAUUGUCAGUCCUUUGUACACGAUAAACCAAUUAUUUGUGGAUGUUGCAGCUGCUUGAAGUUGAAUCUAUUAUCAGUUAAUAUUUUUUGCAUUUUUAUUUUAUAGCAUUGCGGUUCGUUUUUAACGCAGCACGGCAGUUCAUUUGAUAUCCAUGAUAAUUACUCUCACAUGUAAAUAGACUUACAAAAUGUUUAUAACUUAUAAAUCUAUCAAGACUUGGAUUCGUAAUGCUGACGUUUCACUGCAAAUUUAGUGUUGAACAUCAAAAUAUGUCUUAUUCUCUUAUCAGAUAAGCACUACCUAUCUGCCAAGUAAAUUGAUGGGCAGGUCUAAUACAGAUAUUGCAUAUGUUUUUAAAUCCUCUUUCUUAUCCCGGAUUAAGACUUCUCAGUGCGUGUGUAAAAGCAGCAGGACUGAUUAAACAACUUGAUAGUCCUAAUA